AUGGAUCGCGAUCGUGCUAUUCAACUAUUACGCUUUAAUAUUUCUACACUGUGCAUCGUUACGGAUAUUUGUUUAUGUUAUCAUCCUUCCGAAUACCAUUUACAUUGCAACGUAAUAAUAUAUUUAUUCUCUCGUGAUUUCAGAGGUGCCUUCUCCGUGGUUCGACGAUGUGUGCAAAAAAGCACCGGUCACGAGUUUGCUGCAAAAAUUAUAAACACCAAAAAACUCUCAAAUAGAGAUUUCCAAAAACUCGAGCGUGAGGCGCGGAUAUGUAGAAAACUACAACAUCCAAAUAUUGUGAGAUUACAUGACAGUAUACAAGAGGAGAAUUUCCAUUAUCUUGUCUUUGAUCUAGUCACCGGCGGAGAACUGUUCGAGGACAUCGUCGCCCGGGAAUUCUACAGCGAGGCGGACGCCUCGCACUGUAUUCAACAAAUCCUGGAAAGCGUUCACCACUGCCACCAUAACGGAGUUGUGCACCGGGAUCUGAAACCCGAAAAUUUACUCCUCGCGAGCAAGGCGAAAGGCGCGGCUGUGAAAUUAGCGGAUUUUGGUCUGGCGAUCGAGGUGCAGGGUGAAGCGCAGGCAUGGUAUGGUUUCGCUGGAACGCCCGGCUAUCUCAGUCCGGAGGUGCUGAAGAAAGAGCCAUACGGAAAGCCAGUCGACAUAUGGGCGUGCGGUGUCAUACUGUACAUCCUCCUGGUCGGUUAUCCACCCUUCUGGGACGAAGAUCAGCAUCGACUCUAUGGGCAAAUCAAGGCCGGAUCAUACGAUUAUCCGAGUCCAGAAUGGGACACCGUCACGCCGGAAGCCAAGAACCUUAUCAAUCAGAUGCUGACGGUGAAUCCAGGAAAGAGGAUCACUGCCAGCGAGGCACUGAAGCAUCCAUGGAUCUGCCAACGUGAGCGUGUUGCAUCUGUGGUGCAUAGACAAGAGACCGUGGAUUGCUUGAAGAAAUUCAAUGCAAGGCGCAAGUUAAAGGGCGCUAUAUUGACGACCAUGCUGGCGACGCGGAACUUUUCCAGUAAGUAUGAUGCACAGGGUCGAAGCAUUAUCACGAAGAAGGGUGAUGGCUCUCAAGUGAAGGAAUCCACUGACAGCAGCACAACGAUCGAAGACGAUGAUGUUAAAGAGGAUAAGAAGGGCGGCGUCGACCGGAGCAGCACGGUCAUUGCCAAAGAACCCGAAGGUACACCUCCAAGCAGCCCCGCGACAAUGUCCGCGUUCUCCAGGAUGGUCGGCGCGGCCACAACCAUGGCGAACAAACAGGCCCCGAAUCAGAACCAGACCCAGAUUCAGGCCCAGGUCCAAGCCCAGGCCCAGAUUCAGAAUACGGGCAACCCCCUCGGAAUUGCCGCGGUUCUUCUUCAAGGGACCCAAGCUGGCAGCGCAGGAAGCGGUAGCAGCAGCGGUAGCAGCAACAACAGCCAGAACAGCCAAGUCGGCGCUUCGCCAUCGUCGCCGGCCAGUAUCAGCCAUCAGGCGAAUGGUAGCAACGAGCCGAUAGCAUCGCGACGCCAGGAUUCCUCGCCCACCGCACGCCGACAGGAAAUCAUCAAGAUGACUGAGCAGUUGAUCGAGAGCAUCAACACCGGAGAUUUCGAGGCAUACACGAAAAUCUGUGAUCCACAUCUGACCGCAUUCGAGCCGGAGGCUCUAGGUAAUUUAGUCGAGGGAAUGGAUUUUCACAAAUUUUACUUUGAUAAUGCAGUCUUGGGGAAAAACUGUAAGGCGGUCAAUACGACAAUCCUGAAUCCCCAUGUUCAUUUGCUGGGCGAGGAUGCUGCUUGCAUCGCGUAUGUCAGGCUGACGCAAUACAUGGACAAACAAGGCGUGGCGCAUACCCAGCAAAGUGAGGAAAGCCGCGUGUGGCACAAGAGGGACAACAAAUGGCAGAACGUGCAUUUUCAUCGGAGCGCGGUAACGGGUCCAUCCCCGUUCUCUUUCAACCACAAAUAAAUCGGCCAAGAGGACUGUCCUGCCUGCCGCCUCUCGGCGAACGCUCGUUAUCCCCCGAUAAGAGCGCGAACGAAGGCUAGGAAUACGGAAUACAACGUAACGCGGGCAUCCUCACGAAACAUAUUACACGUACACACGAAAUACACACAUAUACAUAAGUACGGAGAAGUUACGAAGAGAACACACAACGACGUAACGCAGCAUUCGAGAGACGGAGAACAGUGACGCUAUACAAGUAUAACACGAUUACAAAUACAUUUACCAUGUAGUACCAAACGCGACAAACCGAAGAUAUGGCGCAUCCGCCGGCAUGUAUUACUCGCUCCAGUACCUGCUCAGCGUACUUACUACCUAUAUUUACGCGUGCACACCCACCGCGCCAAGUGUGCCUCGGAGCCUCGACGAGGGAAUUAUUAUGCGCGGAUCAUCGGAAGCGCGAGAAAAGAGCAGAGAGUCGGUCGCAAUCGAUUGAUAUUUUACCGAGCACCGAGGACACGAGGUAGACACUGUCCAUUGUCAAGUUAAUGAACGCGAUCGUGGCGGAGAGAAAGAGAAAGAGAGAGAGAGGAGGGGUGGGGAGGGGGAGGAAAGGGGAGAACAAGAGAAAUUUCUGGGCUGCGCAUCGUUCAUGCACGCGCACUCCGAUCAUGUCCGUUCCCCGCUGGCCAUCUUAAACAUCGUCCGCUUUUGAUUUCUGGCAUCAUGCGACAACGCGCGUUUCUUCUUCGAUUCUCGAAAGCGAGACUCCGACGUCGAUUUUCCGAAAGAGCGAGCGGAUCCUCCGAAUGGAAUUGUGAUAUCGAGACGAGUUGCCGCGCGACAAAGAGAUAAUGAGACCGCCAGCGCAAUCAAACUCGCGUCGAUGUUUCAUGUAUCGUCAAGUAUCAUCAGCGAAGUUUGGAAAAUUUGAAUGCGAGGCAAUGUAAUAAGCAGAGAGUCACGUCAAAUGAAUAGUACAAUGGCAGAUGGAACGAGUCGUCGAAGACGGCGAAGAGACGGUGAAGAGGAAGUGGAGUGACGAGUAGGGUCGACUCGGAUCGAUGCUGGGCAUCGACGGGGACAGCGACGGGGUCGUGAUGGAACGAGAAGAGGAGUAGAAAGAGCGGGAGAAAGAACAAGUAUUCAAGUAUCGACAUGAGAGAGAGAGAGAGAGAGAGAGAGAGAGAGAGAGGGGGGGGGGAAGAGAAAGAGAGAGAGAGAGAGUUGAGGAAACUGACGGCGCGACGUGGCGUAGAAGAGCAACUGAAUGGAAUCGUGAUCGAAAAUUGCGGCCGAGUGCCACGCCGUGUUUGCGUUGACGAGCGUUGACAAACGCGCGGCGGCAGCAUAUUUCUUCAUGCGAUUCCUUUCCUCGGCUCUUUCGCCCUUGUCGCGUCUUGGAUCACGGAGCCGACAAUUAAAAUCGUGCGAGCGCGCGCGUGGACGAGAGAGAAAGUCUCAGGGCGCGCAUUCGUGGCGAGAUGCGAUCGAAAAUCCUACGCGCGAAGGAUAUCCCGUUUCCAUUUAUUUCAUCAACGAUAAGACUUAUUUAAUCAAUUUAGAAUUCCCGAUAGUUAGGCCCUCGCGCGGCGCGUACGUUUCGACACUUUCUACACUCGGUCUCUCUUGACACCGGAUAUUAUCCUAUACGAAUGCACAAAUACCGUUUAAUGAAUCAGUGAUAAUAUAUAUCGCGACGUAGAACACGAAAGAAAAGGCGAUACACGAUGUAAGGAGAAUAUAUAAUCCAAUAAUUUGAUAUCUCUUUUAGAGAAUUGCAUUUUUACCUAGUAAUGUGCAAGAAAGUAUUUCGAGCUUCGUAUUUAACGUAGCGUAAGUUUGACGUAUAUAAGCUUCAAUGAUUUCUAUUACGAGAUUAACGGCGAACUGCUACACGAUCGUGCUGUCGUGAGCAACUACCACGCGAUAUCAAAUCCUUCAUAAGUAAUGUUCCUUCGGAAUAGCGACUAUCACUGAGACGAUAAAUAAUGAAUUUAUUGGUCAACGAACUCACUGAUGUUUGGUAGAUUGCAUCUCGCUGCGGGAAAAUCUAUCUUCUUCCACUUUCCCCUCCCCUCGCACGCAUUCAAAGAAGACACGCGAUGCGCGUGACCGUCCUAGAUAGAUAGAGAGAAAGAAAUAAUCUUUAACUGUCUCAUUUUAUAAUGUCAAACACUUUUGAUGACACUGGCAUAUUUGUACAUCCGGCUAUUUCGAACGGUGGACGUUGUGACAUAUUCACGUAUACAAUAAACGGAUAUAAGUACAUACAAAAUGUACAUUUAUUCACGUCCUAUUAUCUACUCUUUUAGCUCAGUCUUCUAACGUCAUUUGUCAAACAAUCUUGUAUUUCUAUAUGCAUAUAAAAAUUGUAUGAUU